GGCCUCCCAUCUGUGGGCCGACUGGGGAGCAAACACCUGAUGCAGGGUUCUGUAGGCCGCCUCUUCUGUGGCUCCCACCCCAACCCCAGCUACACUCUGGAACCCUCUUAACAUUCAUUUGAGUUUAUAUGUCUCAUUUCAUUUUUGUUAUUUGUUUCCAUUUUUAAAUUGUGUUGUACAACGAAUGCUUCCUCUGUCCUCUCAUGAUAUCCUCAUUGCUAUCCUUUCCCCUGUCUGCAACUAUUCUCACAGUGCAUGCAUGAAUCGAUGAGUGCACUUAGACAUCGCCAGAAAAACUGUAGCAUGCAUCUCACAAAUGCUUAUCGAAUGAUGUUGUGCAGCACGGCUUCUAAGCAUAAAAAGCCAAAAGCUUCUUGAUAAACCUGCCACCAAUUCCGUGCGCACGGAAAUAGAGAACAUCCAGAGGCAGCACCUAUGGGGUCGAAGAGGCUGAAGGAGGCGGAGCUGUGUCCUGAGCCCAAUGGAGAGGACAAUAUGCAAAAUGGUCUUCAGGGUGAAGAUGAGAUGCUGGCCGCAACUCAGUGCUACAGCGUGGGAGCUAUUUGUUACACAAGCUCAGAGCAGCUCUCCUAUGAAGACAACAUUCUCGGUGCAGAAACCAAUCCAUCGCCUCAAUGUUUUCCAUGUUUUCCAUCCUGCAAGAGGCCUCUGCAUCAAGAUUUGAUGGAGUGUCAGAAUUACGCCUUCAUUUCACGUUGCCAUUUACCUUCCACCUUCGCCAAUAGCUCCUUGGCAACCCCAGUGUCUUCGGAGACGGAAAGAGUGGUGAAGGUUUACUACAUGCGUGUCCUAACCAGAAGGGGUGUGGCUAUCUUCGAGGAUGCAGAAGGAGAACUGGAGCCUCCCCCAAAGAGGAUAAGCAUAGCAAAACUUACCUUUCCUGAGGGGAUUCCUCCCAAAGUCAUCCUCCCUGGAGAUACACAGCACCUGCUGACUGACAGCAAGGCUCACUGGGACAGUGAAGUCCUAGAGGGAGGGGAAGAAGCUGAGAGGGCAUCAGAGAUGGUGGCUGAGGAGGCAGGACCCAGCGCUGGAGCACCUCCCUGGCUGUUGCACCUGGAAAGGGGCUUCCGCUGCAUGGGCUGCUGCAGAGUCUUCCCCACGCUGGAGAUCCUCACGAAGCACGUGGAGCACGGCCUCAAGGAGGGCUUCUCGUGCCUUACUUUCCACCUUGCCUUUGCCAGGCUAAGGAGGAAAAGGAAGAAGGAAAGAAGGAGGAUCACUAAGAAUGGCCAGUGGUGCUACUGACGCAACAUCUGGGGCCUCUGGGGAGAAAUUUGUGUGGUGUUGUGGUGCUUGUAUUUUGAAUCUUUGUGAAUUUUUGUGUUACUUUUUACAUAAAUAGUAUUUCUCAUGUUCUUGACUAGGACAGGUGACGAAUAAAAGUAAACUUCAGUACU